UGGCAGAAUGAGAGUUUCCACCCUCACAGAGUAAGUGUUUUUUUUCAGCUGUAGAGGAAUUGCGAGGCUCAUCACAGCUGAGAAACAUCAAGAUUGAUCAUGACUUCAGUGCUGGGGUUUGCCUUGCUGGGUUUGGCUCUGAUAGCAGGGCCUUGUGUGGCCUUUAUCCCCAUCGGAGGUGGAUCGUCCACUCAUGUCAGUAUCACAGGAAUGGCCCUGCUGGGGAAAGUGAAGGAGGUGUGUCAGGCAGUGGCUGAUGAAGGCGGUUAUGAGUUCAAACCCACGGGUUCUUCUCCCGAGGAACUGGUCCAGGGCUGCCUCGGACCCACAGCAACAGGAAUCGUCUCAGGCGCCAAAUUUCACACCGCUCUUCAAGAAAUCUACACACAGAAUGGACUGGUAGACCGAGACUUUUCCAACAGUGCUCCGCACCAUUUCAACUCAGAGACUUUCAAUGAGGGCCGUGGCCUAAUCCUGGAGGGCAUGGGAGCCAUUAAGGCUAACAUUCGCUCGGAGAGCUACAAGGCUGCCAGAGAAGCACUGGGCAGAGUCCUUCAUACACUCCAGGACUUCUAUAGCCACAGUAACUGGGUGGAGCUGCAAAACACAGAACCAUAUAUCAACCUCCUACGCCCAGAUCUGCCACUGGACAACCUGGCAGAUGUGAACACUCCCACCUGCAGUGACUGUGAAAGUGGAUCUUGUCCCAAUCCCAUCCUUCCCAACAUCCUGCGUGAAAAGAAGCUUACAUCAGGCUACAUGGGAGUCUACUUUUCUUCCAAACCUAAAGGUAAAUGUAGCCAUGGAGGUAAAGGUGACCUGACAAGCACUAUUGUUCCUCGUGGUGGCAUCAGCAAAGACGAGCGUCGCUUUGACAACAUAGCUGCCCACAAUGCUGCUGUGAAUUUAGCCACAAGUGCAAGUACCCAGCUCCUGGAGGACAUCGUCUUGGCUGUCGGGAACAAGGAAUUUCUGAAAAUGAUGGGGAUUGCCCGCUCAUCUGUGGUGUGCUUUGUCAUUGACACCACUGGCAGUAUGUCUGAUGACAUCGCUGAAGCAAGGAAAGUUGUUUAUGAAAUCAUUGACAGCAAAAAAGGAACACAGGACGAGCCCUCUGAGUACAUCCUGGUGCCCUUCAAUGACCCGGACUUUGGACCCAUGUUCAGAACAGAAGACCCUGAUAAGAUGAAGAAAGCCAUCUCAGAUCUCAAACCUCGAGGGGGAGGUGACAUCCCUGAGAUGUGUCUGUCAGCACUUCAGUUGGCUCUCACUGGUGCCCCAUCGUCUUCCCACAUCUAUGUUUUCACUGAUGCUGCAGCAAAAGACAUUGAACUCAAGGACACCAUUGCUGCUCUCAUCAGAACCAGCAAGUCUACGGUGUCAUUCUUCAUGACUAGCAGAAGUAAGAAGCGCCGUCGCAGGGCCACAAGUAGUGCCUUUGAUGCCUACAAGGAACUGGCUCUGGCCUCUGGAGGCCAGGCCAUUGAGGUGUCCAAGAAACAGCUGCCUCAGGCCACAGGUGUUAUCCGUGAUACCUCAACCUCAGCUCUGGUAACAGUUCUUCAGCGAUCAGUGAACCCCGGGAAGCAGGAGACCUUUACCUUCACGUUAGACGAAUCUCUUCAAAACAUCACGCUCUACAUCACAGGACAAGUCACUUUCACAAUGACUGACCCUGCAGGUGUGACCCAGAGCAACACUGAGGCCACUGGUAAACUGGGGACUGUUCAGACGGUGGGGAACCUGGCCAGAAUUCAACUGAAUGAUGACAAGAAGAAAGGAAAAUGGAAGAUCAACGUCAACUCCAAACAGCCUUAUACAGUAAAAGUAACAGGCCAGAGUAUUAUCACGUUUAUCUAUAAUUUUGUGGAAAGCUUCGAGGGACCUCACCCAGGUUAUGCUGUACUCAGUGGACGUCCACUAGCAGGUCAACCAACCAAACUGAUUCUCUCAGCAAUUGGAAAGAAAGGUCCGUCCUCGAUGAGUGUGGGAGACAUUGGCCUGGUAACUGUAUCUGGUCCUGAGAGUUUAAGCAAUGGCACAGUAACUGACUUGGGCAAUGGAGACAUCUUGGUCACUGUUGACUCAGUCCCUGACGGGGAGUUUUUGGUCAUCAUGAAAGGAACAGACAAAGAGACAAACAGUGAAUUCCAGAGGCAGUCUACCACCAUGAUGUCCGUCUCCAAAGUGAACAUCCAGGCUGUAGUAGCAACUAGUGUCGAGCCAGGAGAGACAUUAGAACUCCCCUUUGGUGUAACUACCCAAGGCCCUGGUGGUACUUAUUCUAUCAAGGCCAGAAAUGACAGAGAUUUCCCCAUGGUUUACCCAGCAAGCCUCACAUUGACAACUGGAAAAUAUGCAAAUGACACGUUGACCAUCACACCGCCAGCCACCACACCAUCAGGCACUUAUGUCACCCUGACCAUGGAAGCCAGAUCAAAGGAUGGCACAGACUCCAAUUAUGCUGUUCUGAGACUGUCUGUUAUUACCAAGAUCACAGAUUUUGUUCAGCCUGUGUGUAAAGUGCUCAGCGUGCAGAGUAAUGACUGCCCUCGAGAUGUGUCUCAGUGUAGACCUCACCAGUGGGAAAUGUCGGCCAACGUUACUGAUGGAAACGGCACCGGGAUCGAGACCAUCUUCCUGAGAAAGGGAAAUGGAACCCUCUCGUUCAGCUCUCUGAGUGCUCCCUUCGUCGUGGUGAAAUACAACGCCUCGUGCUGCUCACAGAUCGUUGAGUUCAUAGCUGUGGAUGAAGCUGGUAAUGUGGGAAAGUGCUAUCAAUCUAUAGUUCACUCAGGCAGCCCUCGUAUUUUAACUUUGUCACUGCUGCUGUGGUUGUGUCUGCUGGUGUCGGCCUUUGUUGUCGAGCCUUGAAGGGCGUAGGUUACUCAAUUUCUACUGAUUGUAUGCCACAUCAGGUAUUAGAUACAUGGUUUACAACUCUAAAUCAGCCUCUGCUACAGAGAUUUACUUCAAGUUUCUUCUGGUGAUGGUCAUGUUAACUUUGAUAUCAUUCUUAAAUAAAAUGUGAGCACUGAUGCGUAAUCUUUAGGUAUGUGUACUGAAGAUGUAUAUAUAAAUUUUACAAUAAAACAUUUAUUUGCCCGUCUGAAAUUAUUCUAUCUGAAGUUAGUCUAUAAUGCAUUCCAGCAACAGAUAUGAUGUUUGGGACAAAUCCUAAGUUGCAUGGACACUUUGUUUACAGCAGCAGCAGAGAAUCAUUUUAAAUGUUAAAUGUGUGGUAUUAAAAAGCAGUAACAUUCUUUGACCUUUCAGAUGAGGCAGGGAAUAGGCACCUAUAAUCUGAUGUAUACAGUUCGGGCUCCCCGAUUUUAUGUAAUAAAAAUCGCUCCUAUGGGCUAUUUUGUGUA